GAAGAUGUUCAGCAGCAUUUUUCGUCAACACUUCAUUCACUUGUAUUAUGCCUUCUACCCUUGUGUUCUGCAAUUGUCAACGGUCUGGAUUACAAGGUGUCACACGCACAAUCUACAAAGACAUUAAUCGUAACAAUCAUUACAAAAGGACGUUUCAGCUUUCAUCGAGUGCAUCAGAACGCCAUAAGUUGCUGGCAUCCAAUCCCUGGACCUAUUGCAAAGCGCCUACACUACAGACAUAGAUCAAUAUCCUGCUUUCCUGCUUGCGGCGCUGACUAGCACUAACCAGGCAAUAUACUUUCCAGAGCAGGUUCUUCAGCCUGAAUAGUCUCAUCUGCUGCCGGGCUGCUGGAACAGGUUCUACGAUCAUACUCAUGGCUCUACGUCAUCCUAGCUAUUCUCUAUUCUUUCAUUUAUAUACGUUUUCAGGUCUCGUUGUCCACGGAAUGCUCUUUAAAUCCGUUCGGCGUAUAAUGUUCCCUGUUAGAAAGAUCGAACAGAUCAAUCAAUCAAAAUGUCUUCAGCAGCUUCCUGGUUACUCGAGUCAGAUUUAUUCAAGCCGAUUCCCGAGCAUCUAACGAACGAUGAAAGGAUCAACGUCAGUUAUCACCGCGCUGGUGCGGUUGCCAAGGCAUAUGGUUUGGAGACCACAGAUAUCCUUAACUUGACGCCAAAGUUUUGGCAAAUCCACCAAGAUAUGCUUCUUUCUGUCGAUUUUGCAGCUUUUAUUUUGGUGUCAACCCAGUAUAAUGUUGCUGGUGCAACGCUUGCUACGUUCGUUGCAGAUCAACCUGAGUAUCAGCCACUCUUGGAUCGAGUACUAAGAUUUGACGUUUCAAUUCAAUUCAUGCUCACUGAGGUCGGACAUGGGUUAGAUGCUCGGAAUCUAGAGACGAUCGCGACGUUGCUUCCCGAUGGCAGUUUUGAUCUACAUACACCAAGCACAAAUGCAGCAAAAUUCGCAACUCCAAACUCGCCAAGAAAAGGAUUUCCUCGAGUUGCUCUCGUGUUUGCCCGGCUUCUUGUCUCUACUAAUGACUGGGGUGUGAAGCCAUUCGUUGUCUGGCUUAACGAUGGAAAACAGAUGUACGAAGGAAUCACUGCCAAGUUACUCCCUAGGCGAGCAGGAUCAAAACCCUUAGACCAUACCAUCACAGCAUUUACACAUGUCCGUUUACCCAGAUCAGCGCUUCUGGGACCACUAAAGAAGCCAGGAAAUGUACGAGAAAACUUCCUAUCAAUGAUCCAACGUGCUAGCGUUGGCGCUCUAGCAUUCACUACGGCUCUUAUCCCAGCGAUGAAAAGGGCAGUUUUCAUAGCUGGGAAAUACAGCCUUCGCCGUCAAAUUCUGGGACAAAACAAUAUGCCCCUUCCUAUCAUCUCAUUCCGCACUCAACAGCUCCCUAUACUACACGCCUUGGCGCAGAUAGCAGUCUUCGAGGCAUACGCACACGACAGCAUCGAACAAUUCAGGGGGUCUUCCAGUACACCAGCCGUUCAACGAGGCAUUAGCGCGACAUUUAAAGCAGUGCUAUGCCAGGCAUCUCAGCCUAUGUUUCAUGCCUUGUCCGAACGUUGCGGUGCUCAGGGCUUAUGGAAGUAUAACCAUAUCAUCGAAUCGCAGUUAGAGACGCGCGCGGUUUCAAUUAUGGAAGGAGAUACGCUGGCUCUUAGCAUUAGACUCGGCAUCGAGCUCCUCCUCAACCGAUACGAGCUGCCACCCCCAGUCAACCCAGGAUGUCUCCUAGCCCGGCACGAGAAAGGUCUCUUCGACGAGUGCCGCUCAAUGCUCGAAGGGCUAAAAGAAGGCCAUCGAAGUGCCGAGUUCAAUUCGUUGAUUUUACCAAGAUGCCCGGUCCUUGCAGAAGCCAUUGGACAUCGAAGGGCCUACGAAGCCGCUGUGAAAGCAGGCAUCGAUUCGGAUUUGUUAGCGCUAUAUGAGAUUCAUACGGUAUUGCUAGACCCAAGUUGGUACACCCAACAUACGGAUCUCACUCGUGAAUAUUUAUUUCGGACAGAAGCUAGGCUUUUAGAUGCCCUGUUGCCUCAGUUGGAUAAGUUGCUGGAUGAGACUGGUGCCGGACCCUAUUGUACAGCCCCUAUCUUAUCACAAGCUUCGUGGGAUGCCUUUGUUGGUGGGUUAGAGACACCUGAUGGGGUGGGUAUGAGUAAGGAUAGGGCUAGGCUUUGACCAGAUAUUUUUUGAAUUUUGAGCGGUAGAGUAUCAUAUGCUUGUUUUGGUAUAAAUUGAUAUAUUCCAGGUUUAGCUGCUACUUGUGCUCCUCUUAGUUGUGAUUAAAUUUUGUACGUUACAGUGUGAAGGUCUCAUCACUCUUUGUUUUGGUGCUUGCAUACCUUUUUGCAUAUUUUCUCCAAACU